AGUGCGCUGCUCUGUCUUUAACCUCUCUUUCUGCAUGGUGUAACUCGUCCAUAUCUUCCCCUUCCUUCGCUGUGCUAAUAAGCAUUACAAUACACUUGCAUCACUACUUCAAGUACUAAGGUCAGAGGAGCGGAGACGCGAAGUUUUGCCAGCAUCGUAAGUUCGACAUUACGAUCUCACGCUCCACCGGAGCGUCACUCGAUAUAGAGGAAGGGAACUGCUACGACCACCGCCGUCUUGUGGAUAAAGAAGCAGGAGGCCUAAGCGAGACCUCGCACCCUGCUUGACCAGCGGCGUCGCGUGCUGGAGCCACGGCAGCGCCGCUCAUGAGACUGUGCAGGAGGUGAAGCUUCGCCAUGUCGCGGCUCGCUGAACUGGUGAUGGCCAAAACGGGCGCCACAAUAUGGCGUCUACGGCGACAACUCUUCGGAGGUCUCUUCAUUGCCGUCGCUCUUUGUCUGUUUUACUUUCAAUUUGCUGCUGAUGAAAGCAUCAGCACGGGUCGUCACCAAGAUCCGCCCCUAAAACGUGACCUUAACUCCCUAGGACAAGUAGAAUUCGGGACCGGAACUUCACACGACGAUGGGUCCAAUCAAGACAAGCCUGUAGCUCGGGUAAAGUUUGUUGCCAAGACCCAAGAUCAGUUCGAAGAACAGCAAAAAAUUCUGAACAGGAAUAAAGUCGCUCGUGGUGACGAUUCAAGGUUGCAGGGUGUGCUUGUUCGUGAUGGAUCAGACUACAACGGCGGACCCGACUCCAGGAUCCAGCUCGAGUCCAUCCACGAACGGCAGCAAGCCGUGCAGCGGGCCAUCGACCAGCUCAGCGAUGGCCGUCCUCCAGCCCCGAUUCCAAUGGCCAUCCAGCAAUUUACUGGCCCUCCAGCGGCGGUCAUGAUCCCUCUGGAUGACUCUUUCGGCAGCCCAUGGGGAGGAAAUUACAAGUACAAUCCUUAUGGCGAGCCCGUCUACGGGAAGACCAACCGGCCCAAUUAUAUCCCCAAGGAGCGAGUGGUCCAUUUGGAUUUGAAAGGAGCUCCACCUUUAGUUUCUAUCUUAAAAACCUUAAUCCCUUGGCUGGCAGCAAAUGGUGCUACUUCUAUUCUCUUCGAAUAUGAAGACACCUUUCCUUUCCAUGGUCCUUUAGCAUCAGCGGCCACCGUCAAUCAUUACACACCUUCACAAAUAACAGAACUUGUUUUGUUAUGUGAAAAACAUAAACUGGAAAUUAUUCCUCUUGUUCAAACUCUCGGUCAUCUCGAAUUCAUCUUGAAGCAGCAAAGAUACUCCAAUCUACGAGAGGUCCCUGAGAUGCCUCAGGCCUUGUGUCCCUCCAAGAAUGAAUCCUUGCAGAUGAUCUACGAGAUGAUCGAUCAAGUCAUGCGCCUGCACCCCAGCAGUCGUUACUUGCAUAUUGGAUGCGACGAGGUCUUUCAGAUGGGCGAGUGUGAACUGUGCAGGCAAAAAGCUAAAGACAAUUUAUUUUUGCAGCACGUUGCCACUGUCGCUAAACACGUGCGUGCUAAAUACGGCACUGGGGUCCUAAUCUGGGACGACAUGCUGCGGCACGUCUCGGAUGCUUCCAUGAAUGAUAUCCAUCUCGGGGAAUUGGUAGAGCCAAUGGUAUGGGUAUACGCUGAGGACAUAUAUAGGUUCGUUCAGCCAUCUUGCUGGACCAAGUACAGUCAAGUUUUCUCGCACAUCUGGGCAGCAUCUGCAUUUAAAGGCGCCUUUGGCGAGCAAUUGACUGUGCCAAAUGUAAGACGGCAUCUGGAUAACCAUAUGAACUGGCUCGAUGUCAUGUCAACGGAAAGUUCGAAAUUUUCUGGAGGUUUUCGAGGCCUCGUGUUGACAGGGUGGCAAAGAUAUGAUCACUUCGCCAUGCUCUGUGAACUUCUACCUGCAGCCAUACCAUCACUCGCAUUGAAUCUAAUAUCUGUAAGCCACGGUUACUUUAAUAGCAGCUUGCAAGACAAGAUUUAUUCCGCUCUCAAAUGCGGUCAAUCUCCUAAAUAUCAAACGUGGAUUAAUUUAGAUUCUGAUCCGUUUUUGUUUGAGAAAUUCUCGUGGUGUUUCUUCCCCGGGAAGCAAGUUUUCGCGCUCAUGUCUAGGCUGGAAACGACGAAACGAGAUGUCGAAGCCUACAUUGACCGGGUGACCAAAAGUCGGGCAUGGAUAACAGACUACAACCGCCGCCAUAACUUCUCUUCCCCCAUGCGCAUAGACGAGGAUUUGGAAGAGUUACCUGGGCGACUUCACUCGAUGGUCUCGCUGGUGAAAGCAUCGCGGGAGUCCCUCAUCGACUGGUUCGAUGAGUGGACCAUAGGAGAGUGGGUCGAACAACAUUUAUGGCCACUGCUUAGCAGACUGGAAACUAUCCAGAAAGAGUCAGAGGGCAUGAAGAAAGUGCGUUAUUGGCCUGCUAGACCUCUGCCACUUUUGCCGCAGUUGGCGCAGUAUGGCAUUUCAGAACCUUCCUUCAACAGUCUCGUGGCUGAUCGUCACGAAGUUAGUCAACUACGAUAUGAAAACCGGCAGCCCACCUAGCAUAAAAUGUCCUUAGUCAUCGUAGUAUUAUGCGUCGGUAUCGUAUUCGUAGACAACUUGUUUUAACGUCAUUAUCGUGCUGGUAGCUAACUUGUUUUAACGUCGUUACCCUGCUGGUAUCGGACUUGUUUUAACGUCGUUAUUGUGCUGGUAUCAAAAUGUUUUAACGUCUUUAUCGUGACGGUAUCAAUAUGGUUUUAACGUCGGUACCUUGCUGGCAUAGAACUUGUUUUAACGUCGUUAUCGUGCUGUUAUCAAAAUGUUUUAACGUCUUUACCGUGACGGUAACAAUCUUGUUUUAACUU